CGCGCCCGCGACGCGCGCGCCCGGGACCUGUGGCCGCGCCCUGGCGGCGGCACGCGCGCUAGCCUGGAGGCCGACUUGGAGGCCCAUCUGGAGGCCGAGCUGGCCCGGCAGGCAUUGCGCGAGCAAUAUGGCGGCGCCCAGCGAGAGGGGGCGCUCCAGCGGCGGGAGCCUCUUCUCAUUUCUGCCCGGCGGCGCGCGCUCCGAGGCGAUGGAAGACCUAGUGACAGACGCGCGCGGCCGGGGCGCGGGGCGGAGAGAUGCAGCGGCGUCGGCCCCCACGCCAGCUCCGGCGCCGACCUCCGAUUCUCAGGUCGCGGAAGAGGACACGUCUCGGAGGCGGCCCUGCCGGGCCUGCGUGGACUUCAAGACGUGGAUGCGGACGCAGCAGAAGCGGGACAGCAAGUUUAGGGAAGAUUGUCCUCCGGAUCGCGAGGAACUGGGCCGCCACAGCUGGGCUGUCCUCCACACCCUGGCCGCCUACUACCCCGAUCUGCCGACCCCAGAACAGCAGCAAGACAUGGCCCAGUUCAUACAUUUAUUUUCCAAGUUUUACCCCUGUGAGGAGUGUGCUGAAGACAUAAGGAAGAGGAUACACAGGAACCAGCCGGACACGCGCACUCGGGCACGCUUCACCCAGUGGCUGUGCCACCUGCACAAUGAAGUGAACCGCAAGCUAGGCAAGCCGGACUUUGACUGCUCGCAGGUGGAUGAGCGCUGGCGGGACGGCUGGCAGGAUGGGUCCUGCGACUAGACGGUGGCCGGCAGAGCCCGAGGGACAGCAGCCGGGGCUGAGGGCAGCCUGGCCAGGGAGGGGCGGGGCACUCAUUAAAGUGACUCAGAGCCAGAGCCUGUCGUGCCUCAGUUGGGUGGUCCCCAGACCCUGCGAAUGGGGCCCUUUCCCUCUUAGGUUUGGAGUGAAAGUGGAGGUGCCUGCUGUGGACCCCCCACUGGCUCCUCCUCCGCCGAGGCCCCAGGGGCUGCAGGUGAAGUAGGCAGGCGCAGCCCUGGCUGCGCCUUCCAUUCAGGAUGUGGCCUCCUGCUCACCCCACGCCCUGGCACCUACUUCCCCAUACGAGAAGGUGUUGGGCCUGCUUGGGCUCCCUGUCCUGCUCCUCAAGGCUAGGCCACUGUCUCCCCACCAGGUGGCUAGAGACCGCUGCAGUGACCGCAGCUCUGUAGGCUGUGUGCUGUCUGUAAUUUGGAAAAGAGGCCAGGGGCUGAGCCCCUCCCCUUGGUCGCUGCGGGAGGAGCACCGGCAGGCUUCUUGAGGAGCCGCCCAGCGCUGCUGCCGCUCCUGUCCAGCACUUCCUGGACCUGGCCUGUCAGGGGCUUGUGGGGCCAGCCUCCUCAGAACUCGAGACCAAAAUAAAAUGCUGGGGAAGUGA